AUGGAGACUUCAGCGCCAGUAGCUGAGCCAGCUGCAGUUCCAACAGCUGAUGUCGUGAGUCCUGUUCCAGUUUCUCUUAACGAUGCUGUGGAGAUUCCAUCUGCACCAGUGGUAGCUCCUGUAGCAGUUGCGGAGCCUAUAGUUGAGCCGGUGACAGUUCCAGCAGCUGUCGCAGAGACUCCUGCUCCGGCGGCAGCCCCCACAGCAGUUUUAGCAGAGUCCGUUGAAACUCCAGUAAAUGCCGAAGCUCCCGCAGCAGUCUCGGAGACUUCGGAGGUUGUCGUGGCAAAUCAAACUCCGGCAGCAGAGCCGACGGAAACACAACAAACAGUGGUGGAGGCACCAACUCCGGCAGCUGAGUCGGAGGCAAUUCCAGCAGCUCCUAUUGUGGAUUCAGAUCCAGUGGAGUUGCCUGCAGCUGUUGUGGACACUUCAGCACCAGUAGAGGCCCCUGUGGCAGUACCAUUGCCGGAACCGGUAGCGGCACCUAUCGCUGUCGUAGAGACUGCAGCUCCAGAAUCAGAACUUGCGACCACUCCUGCUGUGGAGACUUCAGUCCCAGUGGAGACUCCCGCAGUGCCAGCAGCUGUCGUGGAGACUCCAACAGUGCCAGCAGCUGUCGUGGAGACUCCAGCUGUAGCGCCUGUGGCAGCACCAUUAUCACAGCCGACAGUGGCUCCUGUGACUGUCGUGGACUCUACAGCUCCAGUAUCAGAGCCAUCGGUAGUUCCAUCUGAGGAGACUUUAGCACCCGUUGCAGAAUCAGUGGCAGACUCAGUGACUGUCGUGGAGACUCCAACUCCGGCAGCAGAGCUCACAGAGACUCCAACAACUAUCGUAGAGACCCCAGUUCCCGAAUCAGAAACUGCAGCAUCUCCAGUGACUGUCGAGGAAAGUUCAGUACCUGUUGCAGAGCCGGUGGCAACUCCAAUGGCUGUCGAGGAGACUCCUGCUCCAGAAUCAGAGCCUGCAGCAUCUCCAGUGGCUGUCGAAGAGAGUUCAUCGCCAACUCCAGCGGCUGUUCAGGAGACUCCUGCUGCGACAGCUGACUCUGUGGCAUCUCAAGCAGCACCUGUAGAGACUCCAACUCCGGCAGCAGAACCUGCAGCAGCUACUGUCGUGGAGACUUCGGUCCCAGUAGAAUCUCCAGUAGCGGAGAUAGAGACUCCUGCAGCAGAGCCAGCGGUGACUUCAGAAGCUGGCGUGGAGACUUUGGCGGCUCCAUCGAGCAUUUCCGUCCCAGAAGCAGCCGCAGAUGGAGUAUCGGCUGAGGAUUCAACAACUGUUUCCGAUUCAGAUGUGGAUCCGUCGGCAGUUGUGCCCGUGGCAAAGAUACAUCCGACGCGCAGGGAUCUGAAUACCACAGAUCUAUCGCUGCUGGCCAUUGCGGCUACCUUGGACGCCAUAGCCGACAAGCUGAAGGAUCAGAGAGCUCGCAACCAGGAGGUGCUGGAUCGCAUCUGCGAAAUAGAGAAGAUUUUGGGCGUGGCCCAGAAGUAA